GCAGACUCAGUCCAAUCGCAUAGGGACGGUCUCGAGCUCAGGCACUUCGAUUCCACACACUCGAGCCAGUCUCACUCGUGACGAAUUCCUUCCUAAAUUGAACGUGGUCGACCGAAUACCACAACUUCAAUGUCUCUCCACACUACCCUCCGCCGCACCGCGGCCUCACCUCUCAUCUCACAAGGAACAACAACUUUCAUCUGUACACAAUGCCGGCAUGCAACCCUCCUCCGCCGCCCGAAGCGCCCCUACACAUUCACACAACUCAUCACUCUUUCCGACGGGAGCACAUUCACUCAUCGCACAACCUCCCCUUUGCCCGUGUACAGAUCAACUAGGGAUACUCGCAACUCGAUCAUGUGGAAUCCGAGCAGCAGUAAGCUGAAGAGCGUGGAAGACGACGAGGCAGGGCGUCUAGCUGCUUUCCGAGCGAAGUUUGGACGGAACUGGGAUGCUACUGCGGCGCCCGAAGACAGUGCGGCUGCGGGAGGCGAUAAGGAUAAGGAGGAUGCAAGAAAAGCUGCGCAGAAGGAGGCUGAGGAGGAGGACGAUAAUCUGUUGGAUUUGAUCAGUUCGUUUGGGCAGGAGGAGGUUGAGAGUGGGAAGAAGAAAUAG